AAAUAAAAUAUACCUGGCACUAGAUACCUUUCCUCUCUCUCUUUCCAUCAGCCGUCCCCUUCCCAAUCGUUUUCCUUCCUCUGGCGGCACGAAGUGCGACGAGCGACGGCUGGGGACUGAAACAGGUGCAGUUCCGGCAAACAUUAGGGCGCGGCGACCUUUUGCUUCGUGAAUCUCCAACAGCGACGUUCCAGCAACUUUUGGUGGCGUUAUUCGGACGCAUUUCAGCAGUGAUCAAAAUCCAUUUGGCCCCAAUUCCUGGUCUGAAGGGAAAAUCCAUAAACUUGUUGAAGAGGGCCAAGAGGCUAAUUUUUGCUUCAUUUACUCCAAUUUCUUCUUACAAAUGAACAUUUUGAAGCAUCGAAUUAUCAGCAGACGAGGAUUCAUAUAUGGUGGAGCAUUGCAAAUUUCAUUCAUUCAUUCAUCGUCGCAAGAUAAAGUGGUGGAAGUAUGUUCUAAAGAGCAAGAAAUAGCGAUUGCUUUAGGCAGCAAUGUGGGUGAUAGACUGCAGAAUUUCAAUGAAGCUUUGCGGUUAAUGAAAAAGUCAGGGAUACACAUUACAAGACAUGCUUGUUUGUAUGAAACAGCACCAGCUUACGUCACUGAUCAACCUCAAUUUCUUAACUCUGCUGUUAGAGCUGUCACAAAGCUUGGGCCACAUGAACUACUGAGUGCAGUUAAGAACAUAGAGAAGCAGCUGGGUCGUACUGCUGGUAUACGGUAUGGCCCAAGGCCGAUUGACUUGGAUAUUCUGUUGUAUGGAAAAUAUAAAGUACACUCAGAUAUUCUAACCGUCCCUCAUGAAAGGAUCUGGGAAAGGCCAUUCGUGCUAGCUCCUUUGAUCGACUUGCUGGGUUCAGAUGUUGAUACAGAUGUUGUUGCUUCCUGGCAUGCUUUAGCUGCUGAUCAUGGUGGACUUUUUGAGACAUGGGAGAAAGCGGGUGGCGAAUGUCUUGUUGGUAAAGAAGGAAUGAGAAGGGUUUUGCCUAUUGGAAACAGCUUAUGGGACUGGUCUUGCAAGACUUCCGUUAUGGGGGUUCUUAAUUUGACACCUGAUAGUUUUAGUGAUGGUGGCAAGUUUCAAUCUAUCGAUGCUGCAGUUUCUCAGGUACGUUUGAUGGUUUCAGAUGGUGCUGAUAUGAUUGACAUUGGUGCUCAGUCGACACGGCCUAUGGCUCCUAUGAUUUCUGUUGAAGAAGAAUUGGAUCGAUUGAUUCCGGUUUUGGAAGCUAUAACAGGAAUGCCAGAGAUGAGUGGAAAGCUCAUAUCUGUGGAUACGUUUUAUUCGAAAGUUGCAUCAGAAGCUGUCAAGAGUGGGGCUCAUAUUGUAAAUGAUGUAUCAGCAGGGGAGUUGGAUCCUGAAAUGCACAAGGUUGUUGCUGAUCUUAAUGUGCCAUAUAUUGCAAUGCACAUGAGAGGAGACCCAUGUACAAUGCAAAACAAUGAGAAUUUGCAGUAUGAUGAUGUUUGUAAUCAGAUUGCCUUGGAGCUACACUCUAAGAUUAGAGAUGCGGAAUUAUCAGGCAUCCCGGCCUGGAGGAUAAUUAUUGAUCCCGGGAUUGGAUUUUCAAAAAACACAAAGCAAAAUUUGGAAAUCCUAAGAGGUAUACCAAAAAUCCGGGCAGCGAUAGCAAGUAGAAGUUUGGGCUUGUCUCAUGUUCCCAUGUUGGUUGGACCUUCAAGAAAGAAGUUUCUCGGUGAAGUGUGUUCUCGACCGGUUGCAACAGAGCGAGAUCCUGCUACGGUUGCUGCAGUUACUAUAGGGGUUCUCGGCGGUGCAAACAUUGUCAGAGUACAUAAUGUGAGAGAUAAUGUGGAUGCAGUGAGAAUAUGUGAUGCAAUGCUAAAGGAGAUGUAAUUCUGAACUUUUUUCUAUAUUUCUUAUGAUUUUUUACUAGAGGGAGCAUCCCUUAUAUAUACAAUUUUGAUAGCCAAUUAUGGAAAAACUUAUAACAAUAAAAAUUGACAUAUGGUAAGAAUAAGAAUAAAUGCAAAUUACAGGGAAUAAAUUUCAUA